ACAGGAAGUAGUCGGAGGCCGGCGCUGAUGCUCCUCGCCGCGUUACUCAAACCCAGAGAUGCUGCUUCUCUAGUGACAGCAGAGCAGGAGGGAAGUUUGCAGCGGGGUCAACUGCUCCGUUAUGACACGAACAGGAAGUGGUGAAGCACUACCUGGUAGAACAUGAGGCACGGAACUGUUCUCACCAUCUCCGGCUGCUCCGAACUCAGACUCAUCAGCCUGUGCCAUGUACCUGACCUGAACCUGAAGUGAGAUUGUCGUCGGCCCGUCGGUCCUGUCUGACCUCUACGUGACACCUCAGACCAGAGAUGACACAAAACGGUUCCAGUGCUGCCACUGGAACUAGUACCGGUCCUAGAAAAACGGAGGAAGAGCUCAAAAUUGUGAUCGUCGGUGAUGGAGGAUGUGGAAAAACGUCUCUGCUGAUGGUUUAUGCUAAAGGUGAUUUUCCAGAGAAAUACGCUCCAUCAGUGUUUGAAAAAUACGUCACCUCGAUCUCUGUGGGAGGAAAACAGAUCAAACUCAAGCUGUAUGACACCGCUGGACAGGAAGACUAUGACAGACUGAGACCAUUGUCCUACCAGGAAGCCAACCUGGUCCUCAUCUGCUUCGAUGUGACCAACCCAGUCAGCUUCGAGAACGUCCUGAUAAAGUGGUUCCCAGAGGAACCACACGCUUGACUGUUAAUCCUCCUCUUCUGAGUCGCUUCGGAUAAACGCGUCUGCUAAAUGCAUAAAGAUUUAAUAACGAGAGCACCAGGCUAGUUCAACCAACCACGUUAGCCGAGGUCUUUACAGGAUAAAGCCCAGGGAAGGCUACGUAACUUUGUCAUGAUGACUGUCACAGAAAUGACUGAUUAAAGUCAAGGCGUCCGUGGACAACAGAAACAUCCAUCCAUUCAUCAUCUACUAAUUCAAUC